AUCUCUGUAGAGAAUUCUUGUGGAGAAGAGAGAAAGAAAGAUUGAAUACAAGCCUACGUGCACGCCGCAACAACCACUCCUUUGCUUAUUCCUUCUCACAAUUCACAAUUCACAAAAAAAUCUACUGCUGAAACGAAAACGAAAACUACAAUCUUUUCCUUAGCCUCGCCUCCCCCUAUCCUACCUUUAAUUCCGAAAUGGUUCCUGUGGUCUUGACCCAGCUGGCGACGGGUCUAAGCGUGUUAGCCGGUGCGGCCUUGGUCAAGUCUGUUAUCGACCGGAACCCCAUGGCCGGCGGACCAGGUCAAUUCCCAAGGUGCCCGAGUUGUAAUGGAACAGGCCGCAUCCCCUGUAUGUGUAAUCGCUGGUCCGACAGUGACGUUGGGUGCCGAGCUUGCUCUGGAUCAGGUCGAAUGCCUUGCAAUAGCUGCGGAGGAACUGGGACAGGCCGACCGAUUCCGGUUCAGCUCGCUGUUCGUCCUUCUCCAAAUCGACCUUCUUAACUCAUCUUGAUAUGUAUUCCACAUCUAUACAUGUAACAAUUCUAUCUCUCUUUCUCUUAUAAAUAUAUCCACGAUACCCCUUAUAAAGAAAGCUUGUCGUUUGUAAUCCAAUUUCAUUUGUAUUAAUUACUGUAAUCAAGAAGAAACACCCAUAGCUUAGUAUUAA